GACGGAUUUCUGCAAGCGGAAGGCAUAAAUGAUCAAUUCGGUGCAUCUGUCCAUGACAAGGACUUCAAAAAGCCUGACAUUCAUCUGGAAUUCCGCAGUUAUUGAUGGUCAUCAGAACCGAUUCGACUCGGGCAGUUUUUGUGUGCAAAAAAGUCAGAUUUACUUUCAUUCAGAAAGAGACAAAGGGAAAACUAAAAUGGUAGUCAAGGCAUUGGUGAUCCUGGCUUGCGUUUAUUGCUCUGGCAUUGCCGCAUCCGCACUUCUCAGAUCAGAUUACGAUGACUUAUGCUCGUCUGACAAGGCCUGCGAAUCUGGAUUCCAGUGCAUCAACAAAAUGUGCAUUGAACUUUGUCUAGAGCAGAGUCUUUGUCACCCAUCAGCUCGGUGCUACGUACUGAGCACCAAGCCCGUGAUCCUGGCUUGCGUUUAUUGCUCUGGCAUUGCCGCAUCCGCACUUCUCAGAUCAGAUUACGAUGACUUAUGCUCGUCUGACAAGGCCUGCGAAUCUGGAUUCCAGUGCAUCAACAAAAUGUGCAUUGAACUUUGUCUAGAGCAGAGUCUUUGUCACCCAUCAGCUCGGUGCUACGUACUGAGCACCAAGCCCGUGAGGACCAUGAUUUGUCUGUGUCCACCGGGAACAGUCACUGUCAAGCAGGACGGAAGUUGUAUCACAGCCUGA